GUCCAUUACGUUCAACAGCUAUAUUUGGAUGUAUAACACAAACAAUACUGGGAUGCACGGUGCGUGUACAUUUUGUGCGUCCAAAUGUCAAAGGAAAGGUUGUCACAUAAUCGUCUUCGCAGGCCGGCGUUUUUUCCCGUCACCAUCAGGAGGGGGGAAAGUUAUAAAAUCGACGCGAAUUAUAUAUAAUGACGAAAUGAAAUUAUGAGAACAAAGAAAACGAUUUUCAUUCAAAGUUUACCAAGUGACGAAGUGUAGCUAAUCAUGUUCAAGUGGGGGUGCAAUGAAUAAGGCAGAAGACCAAAUCGCGUUCAGUCUGCUUUUGGCAUCCGACCAAUCAUAUAUUCGGAAAACAAAAUUUCUUCACCAAUCAAGGGUCUUCCAGUUUAGAAAAUUUUGUGACUUCGGUUAUUAAAUAAUUAAACAAUAAUAUUUAAUUGUAAUAUGUGUUAAUUAAAAGAAAAAAAGGAUGAAUUAUAAAUAAAAAAUUACAUUAAGAUGAAAUCUGUAAGAAGACAGGCUGAGUACCUCUAUCAUCUUAAGAAUUUGCCUUAACGGAUUUGACACCUUGAUAAUUUUACAUAUUUAUUUAUGAUAAUAUAAUAAGCAUAAUUAUAAAAAAUGCACUUUUCCCUGAGACACUAUCUGCAUUAUAUUCCUUUAUUGCAAUGGUUAUCAACAUACAAAAGGGAAUAUGUCAUACCUGAUAUAAUUGCUGGCUUGACAGUUGGUAUAAUGAUGAUACCGCAGUCAAUUGCUUAUACGACUUUAGUUGGAAUAAGGCCGCAGUAUGGUCUCUACACUUCCAUAGCUGGAGGAAUAUCGUAUGCAGUUUUCGGUAAUGUGAGGCAAGCUACGAUUGGACCAUCGGCGAUUCUUACACUUCUUUCGUACCAAUUCGCCCAUGAAGAAAAUCCCGAGCUGAUCGCACUCAUCACGUUUUUAAUUGGGAUCACAGUUCUCCUCUUUGGAUUUUUCAAAUUGGGAUUUGUGAUUGACUUUGUUUCGACGCCAGUCAUAUCUGGCUAUACGUCGGCAGUUACUCUAGUCAUAUUCGCCUCACAGAUCAAAGGCCUAUUGGGUAUCAAAUUCAAGGCCGAAAACUUUCUUUCGACGAUCUGCAAGCUGGUCUCAAACAUUAAAUACACGAGGGUUCCUGAUGCCACUCUCGGCAUAUGUUGUUUCCUGUUUCUUAUGUCCUUUAAGCAAAUCAAGAAGUGGAAAUAUCUAAAGGAUAGUAAGGGAUUUUUCUACCUGUCUGUUGCAAAAUGUGCUUUGACUGUAUUUGUUUCAACGUUGAUUGCUGUCUGCUUCGAUAAAAAUGGCCAGCAGCCUUUUUCAAUAACUGGGAACAUAACUGGCGGGCUCCCACCUGUCAGACUGCCGAAUUUCACACCGAUGUUUGACGGUGAAAAGCAAAGUUUUUAUCAAAUCCUGUCUAAACUCAGUUUAGGUUUGCCGACUAUUACAUGCAUAGCGAUUAUAACAAUGAUUGUUAUAGGAAAAGCGUACACUAAAGGAAGACAGUUGAAUACGACUUAUGAGAUACUUGCACUUGGUGGGUCCAACGUACUCGGCAGUUUCAUUGGCUCCAUGCCCGUUACAGGAUCUUUUUCAAGAAGUGCUGUCAACAAUUCUUGUGAUGUUAAAACACCAAUUUCAGGAAUAUAUUCAGCUGUAUUGGUGAUUUUGGCAUGCGCAAUUUUAACGCCUUACUUCUAUUUCAUACCGAAAGCAACCCUUGCAGCGGUUGUGAUGUCUGCUGUCAUAUCAAUGUUGGAAUUUGAAAUAAUAUUGCCUUUGUGGAAGACAAAUCGAAAAGAUUUAAUACCUCUUUGUGGUACUUUUUUCUCGUCUCUUUUACUUGGAGUGGAAAAGGGACUCAUCUGUGGUCUGCUGUUUGACCUCGUCUUCAUACUCUACUACAAUGCAAGACCUUCAAUUUAUGUGUACAACAUUCAACAAAACAAUGAGAAUUUUUGUGUAAUAACACCAAGGAACGGCCUGCUGUAUCCAGUAGCCAAUUACCUCCACGAAAAAGUCGUUGUUCACUCAAAUGUUUUACAAAAAGAAAAAAUUACUGGCUACGUUUUAAAUAUGAUUCAUAUAGCACACCUUGACUACACAUCAAUUCAGACCAUUAAAUCAAUAAUGAAUGACUUGCUAAUAAAUAAUAAGGAGCUCAUAUUGACAAAUCCAAGGAAGUCUUUAAGGCCAAUCAUCCAAGAAGUUUUGCCCAAAAUAAGGAUUUUAGAUAACUUAAACUUUCAGCAUAAUGAAGUUUGAAGCCUUAAAAGAAGGCAUCUGAGAAUGUGAUAUGAAAAUCAUUUUUAUAUUUAAAUAAACUCUUUUAAGAAUAAAAAAAUCAUAUCGAUACCAUCGUCA